GCAAGUUCAACUCACGCAGUCUUGUGGCCGCAUCCCUCACAUCUCAUGCACAAGCAAGCAAGCUCUGGUCGUGCAGUACAGUGUUCCAGCUUCCGUCCGAAUCCAUCGCUUGAGAAUCAGAAAGGAGGAGAUCUCGCAAAUAUGGCAAUGAAGAAGGUUCUCAUCGCGUUCUUGGCCAUGGUGUGUUUGGCCGCCACCGUUAGUGCUCAGUUCGACACGGCUAUCUGUGGACCCUAUACCGAAGACAGCCCCCUGAUUGAGGAUGUCAAAGUAGCAGUCGACUGGAUCAGAACUAUUAGCAACGCUGAAUGUUGUCAGACGUCGUCACGACAAUGUACCACACUUUACUCUUACAAUUCCACGGACCUUGAUUUGUGCGGACAGUUCGACACCUGCAUCGGCUGCAACUUGCCUGCCGGCGCAUACUACGACGAGAUAUUGGCUCAGUGCGUGAGUUUGUUGCCCAGUGGCCAACGCGUGGUGCACGGAUAUAUCGAGAAAGCAGAGUCGAACGGUGACACCUUCAAAUACGUCAUUGAGCCUCGAAAAUGCAUGCCAACGAGCUACCAGAACAAAAUCAUCAAGCAGAUUGUGAACUGAAAGCGUCUUCCCGUGCAUGCUAGGAGCACUAUCAAUAAGAAGAUACAAGCUGCUGCUGCUGCUGCGUGGCGGCUUUGAUCAUAGCAUGCAAGAAGUUUUAUAAAUAUGUUUCCACUGGUCCUGGCUGAAACCUCGGUCUUGUACCAAGUGUUUGUCGUAGUUUGUGUGUGACCAUGGACCCAUGGCAAGCUAGCUAUAUCCAUAUCUGCGAGAUACGGAUACUAAAGUAGCUGGAUAUGCCGUGAUAGUGACCAACUGCGAGCUUGUCUUUGCCAUCUAAUAAAGUAUCGUUUUUCC